AUGGCGGUUGUGUCAGUCUCACCUGCCACCUCCCACUUGUUGGCAGCCACUCUUGGAGACUUCCUUGGCGGGCAUUGCUCCAUCCGCCGCUCUCCACCAAUGGUUGACCGCAUCACCUGUCCACCCUUCCCCCCAACUCUUCCCCGCACCCCGCUCCCAACCUCCCCUUUGCUACCCCCCUUCCCUGCCAACUUCCGCCUUUUCGCGUUUUACCGCAACACCACCUCCCGCCAAUCACGGAUCCUUGGCCAGCGCUCUUUUUACCUUCCUGGCGUGGCUCCUCAAGACUUCAAGAAGGAGGAUCCACUUUUUGUCAAAGUCAACAAGUUAGUUUCAACCAGAACUCAACUUCCCUAUGAGUACUAUUCACUCCCCUUCUGCCUUCCGGAAGAAGGAAUUAAGCCAGUGGCGGAAAAUCUGGGCGAGAUUCUGCGUGGUGACAGAAUUGAGAACUCUCCCUAUCAGUUUCAAAUGAGGAUCGACGAGCAGUGCAAGAUCGUCUGCAGAAAGGCGAAGGUUCCCCUUGAGGAGGCUCUUCAAUUCCAGGAAAAGAUCGAUGACGAAUAUCGCGUCUUCAUGAUCCUUGAUAAUCUGCCAGCGGCCAUGGUCAGGAUGCGCGCGGAGGAAGGUGGUGAGUCCAUCAAGACUUAUGAGCGUGGAUUUCCUGUGGGAUUCAAGGCCCCAUCGGAAACGAAUGGGCCCGAUGAGUAUUUCUUGCACAACCACCUGCGAUUCACUGUGCUGUUCCACAAAGACCCCACGAACAAUCUGGCCCGCGUCGUCGGUUUCGAAGUCGAACCUUUCAGUGUGAAGCACCAGUACGAGGGUACCUACAAUCCGGCGAAGCCUAUCCUCACGACCUGCAACCCAGGAAACCCUACACAGCAUGUGGAUAGCGGCAUGCCACCGCAGCCGAUCAAGGAGAACGAGGAGGUCAUCUUCACCUACGAUGUGAUGUUCAAGCCAAGCAACGUGAAGUGGGCGUCUCGCUGGGACACGUACCUUCUCAUGACGGACGACCAGAUCCACUGGUUCUCCAUCAUCAACUCCCUCAUGAUCGUGCUCUUCCUCUCGGGCAUGGUUGCCAUGAUCAUGAUGCGCACACUGCACCGCGACAUCUCCCAGUACAAUCAGUUGGAGACUCAGGAGGAGGCACAGGAGGAGACUGGGUGGAAGCUGGUCCAUGGUGAUGUGUUCCGCCCACCCAACUAUGCUGGCCUGCUCUGCGUGUAUGUCGGCACCGGUGUGCAGCUGUUCUUCAUGACACUUGUCACAAUGGUGUUCGCCCUUCUCGGAUUCCUCUCCCCAUCCAACCGGGGUGGGCUUAUGACUGCCAUGCUUCUGCUCUGGGUCUUCAUGGGUCUCUUGGCUGGAUACUCUUCCGCCCGCCUGUACAAGGCAUUCAAGGGCACUGAUUGGAAGCUGAACACCAUCCGCACUGCAGUCACCUACCCUGUUGUUGUCUUCGUCAUCUUCUUCAUUCUUAACAUCCUGAUCUGGAAGGAGAAGUCCUCUGGAGCUGUUCCGUUCGGCACCAUGUUCGCUCUCUUCUUCCUCUGGUUCGGCAUCUCUGUUCCUCUAGUCCUUCUGGGAAGCUACUUCGGCUUCAAGAAGGCUGCUAUCGAGGAUCCAGUCCGCACGAACAAGAUCCCGCGGCAGAUCCCCGAGCAGGCGUGGUACAUGCACCCCGUGUUCUCCAUCCUCAUUGGAGGCAUUCUGCCCUUCGGUGCGCUCUGCAGUGAGGACUAUCGCUGGUGGUGGAGAGCGUAUCUGACUUCCGGUUCAUCUGCUCUUUACCUCUUCCUCUAUGCCACGUUCUACUUCUUCACCAAGCUGGAGAUCACCAAGCUCGUGUCAGCUGUCCUAUACUUCGGCUACAUGGUCAUCAUCUCCUACAGCUUCUUCAUUCUCACAGGAACCAUUGGGUUCUAUGCAUGCUACUGGUUCGUGCGCCUGAUCUAUGCAUCGGUCAAGAUUGAUUGA